UACCGACCGCUGAGAGUGGAAAUGGAAGAGGAAGGCCCCGCAGGGCCUCCCAAACAGGAAGAGAGCCCGGAAGAAGCCGGAAAGCCUCCCCUGGGGGGUCUCCCGGAGUGCGCGAUGGAACAGCCAGAGUCGAGAGUCUCGGGCCAGGAAUUCUGUAAGGACCAGCAACACCUCUGGGAUGCCCAGUGCCAGGAUUUCCUGAGGGGGCUGGAGCACCCCCACAGGGGCUGUGGGAACCCGCUCCUGACAGAGUCCACCCCGUGUGACAACAUCAAGGCCUUCCUGUCCUCUUUUGAGCAGAUCGCCGGAGCCUGUCAUUGGCCCAGGGCAGAGUGGGCGAGCCGACUCCUGCCGGCACUUAGCAGAGACGUCGUGCAGUUCUUUGGCCAUUUGGAAGCCGGGGACAGGGAGGACUAUGGGAAAGUGAAGGCCGCCAUCUUGCGAGGGAACGCCCUGCGUGUGGAGACACGGCGCCAGCAGUUCAGGCAGUUCCGCUGCCAGGAGACGGACGAGCCGCGAAAGGUUUACGGCCGGCUGCGAGAACUUUGUCAUCGGUGGCUGAGGCCCGAGGGGCACACCAAGGAGCAGAUCCUGGAGCUGCUGAUCCUGGAGCAGUUCCUGGCCAUCCUGCCUCACGAGCUACAGAAGUGGGUCAGGGAAGGGGGGCCAGAGAACGGCGCCCAAGCUCUGAGCCUCGUGGAAGAUUUCCUGAUGAAUCGGCAAAAGGCCGAGACGUGGAGGUGGCAGGUACCAAUUCAGGAGGUGACCAGGAGUUCCUUAGAGCCGGAGAGGCCCUUGCCAGACUCAGCUCAGACGGUGUCCUACAUGGAUGUAAAGCCAAAAGAUGACGGGGAAAUUGGUUUGCUGGCCAACGGAAUCACAUUCCCAAGCCACUCCGCUCCAGCUCUUCCUCCCAUGCAACAUGAAAUGGCGGAAAUGGGCCUGACCGAGGGACCUGCAAGCUUCAAGGAGAUGGACCUGUCUUUUGACAAGGAGGAACAGCCUCUGGCGCAUUUGGGACAGAGAACCAUGUUCUGGCAAGUCAAAGAAGAGAUCUGUGGGAACCCGACGUCCUUGGAGGGACUUCUGAUUCCGAAGCCUGACCCAGUUUUCCAUCCAGGAAAAGAGGACAUGUUCUUCCAGGAACCAGAGUCAGGUGACAGGAGAAAGAUCAAGGUGGAGAAUUCUCAUCCAGGAGCGGGCAAUCCAGAGAAAACACAGACAGUAUUACUGGCAAGCCCCCAUGGGAACAUUCCUGUGACAGCUGACAUUCCAGAGCCAAAAUGCAUGUCCAGAGAGCUGCAAGGAGAAACCAACAGCAUCCUCAGAGAUCACGUGGCAGCACCCAUGAACGAAAGUUCGGUGCACCCUGGGUUGGAGCAGCCUUUGUCCUCUAAGUACGGGCGAAAAGGCUCCUACAAAUUGGAACCUGUUAAGAUGCAUGCAGAGGCGAACCAUUAUGCAUGUUCUGUGUGUGGGGAAAGAUUCCAGGAAAAAUACUACCUUGACGAACACCAGAGGAUGCACACAGGAGAGGAACCGUACGAAUGGACAGAGUGCUCUCAGAGAGAAAUCUGGGUUAGACAGAGUGUUGAUAUGGACGAGAAAUCUUGUGAAUGCCCCGAGUGUGGGAAAGGAUUCAGUUGUAGAGCAACAUUAAUGAGGCACCAGAGAAUCCACACUGAAGAGAAACCACAUGAAUGUUCUCAAUGCGGUAAAAGCUUCAGCCAGAGAACGAACUUAAUGAGUCAUCUGAGAAUCCAUACUGGGGAGAGACCAUAUCAGUGUCCCCAGUGUGGGAAAGGGUUUCGGUGGAAACUACAUCUAAAAAGACAUCAGAAAAUCCAUACAGGAGAGAAACCUCACAAAUGUUCUGAAUGCGGGAAAAGCUUCUCUCGGAGAGAUACGCUGAUCAAUCACCAGCGUACGCAUACAGGAGAGAAGCCUUAUGAAUGUCCUGAGUGUGGGAAGAACUUCAAUCAUCCAUGUAACUUGAUUGAACACAAGAAAACCCAUACAGGAGAGAGACCGCAUGCAUGCUCUGUGUGCGGUAAAAACUUCUUGCGGAGAGAUACGUUGAUCAAACAUCAGAGAACCCACACAGGGGAGAAGCCUUAUGAAUGUGCCGAGUGUGGAAAAACUUUCAAUCACCCAUGUAACUUAAUUGAACAUCAGAAAACCCAUACAGGGGAAAAACCACAUGAAUGCCCCAAGUGUGGGAAAAAUUUCUCUCGAAGAGACACAUUGAUCAAACAUCAAAGAACCCAUACAGAGGAGAAACCUUAUGAAUGUCUUGAGUGCGGAAAAACCUUCAUUCAGAAGAAGGCAUUCAUUAGACAUCAAAGAAUUCAUACAGGGGAGAAGCCAUAUAAAUGCUUGGAGUGUGGAAAGAGCUUCUCUCACAAUAAUCAACUAACUAGACAUCAAAGAAUUCACAUACUGGAAAAGCCAUAUAAAUUCUUGGAGUAUGGAAAGAGCUUCUCUCAAAAUGUGUGGAAGUGUGGAAAGAGCUUCAGUUCAAAGGAUAAAUUUAGUAUACAUCAGCGACUUCACACAGGGGAGAAGCCAUACAAAUGCAUGGAGUGUGGAAAGAGCUUCUCUCAGAGUGGACACCUAACUCAACAUCAAAGAAUUCACGCAAGGGGGAGGCCAUAUAAAAGACUGGAGUGUGGAAAGAGCUUUUCUCAGAGUGACUCACUAACAGUACAUCAAAGGAUUCACACAGGGGAGAGGCCAUAUGAAUGUUCCGAGUGCGGGAAGAGUUUCCGCCUCAAGGCGAAGCUGGUCAGGCACCAGCGGAUCCACACCGGAGAGAGACCUUAUGAGUGCCUCGACUGCGGGAAGACUUUCUGCCGGAGCGACGGCUUGCUUUCCCAUCAGAGAUCUCACACGGGGGAAAAGCCGUACAAGUGCAUGCAGUGCGGGAAAGGCUUCCGGUGGAGGAACAAGUGGCUGGCCCAUCAGAAGGUCCACACGGGAGGGAGGGAAUGGGAACAAGAGGAACUCCACACGUACCAGAGCCAGCAUGGGAUUGUGGUUACAGUGUCUGACUAG